AGAAAAGAUAGCAAGCAUUCGUUAUACCUAUUUUUUCACUCUCUAAAUCAAGAAAUAUCAUUUUUCUCAGCUAUAUACAGCAAACUCAAUAAUAAUGAGUGUAAAAGUUAUUUUUGAAAAUCUAUAAACGACGGCAAAAGAAGACUGUUUUUCAUCAGCUAUAAAACUACUCGAUCAAGGAACUUGCGUGGUCAGGAGACGAUACAAUUCAACAUGGCGGAUAUUCGUGAUAUCGCCGUCGACCAAGACAAGAAAAAGGCCGUUUCUGAUGCUAUAGAGAGAAUAAAUCAGCUGUUUAAUGUCCAAGUUUCUCUCAGUCCCACCGAAGCUGUUGGCUUUCAGUGGGUUCAGCUCAAAGGACGCAUAGAAGACAUUGAAAAUGCGAAGAACUACAUAAAUUCACUCUGUAAGCCUGAGAUAGAGGAUGUCAAAGUCUCCAUUCCAGAGGAGUACUUUGAUGCAAUUUCAGAGUACAGAAACCAUGUAGAGAAAACCUCUGGAGCUGUUGUACUGUUUUCGUCACCAAAAGAGGCAUGUAUUCAGGGGAGUGAGAUGUCAGUAGUUAUUGCUACUUCUGCUAUAGAAGAAAGAAUUAAUGAGCUCAGAGCUGGAGUAAAUGGCCUUCCUCGUUUGAUGAGCAGUGGUAGCAUUUCUCCACAACAAAAACUUGAACAGGAAAAAGUUCAAUCCACUCCAGUGCCUUAUAUUGAUCCUUCAUUGGAGGAAUUUGCAAUUAAGCUGGGGUAUUCUAAGGAAGAUAUUCAUCAAGUAGUUAAGAAACAGGGCAAGGAGGUUGAUCAAAAUACUUUAUUAAGAGAACUUAUUAAAGUAUCAUCACCUAGCUUAUUACAGCGAGCUAAACCUGAGUAUGCUGCACAUCCAGGGCUUAGCAAACCUGUGUCACAUAACAAAGAUGAAGUGGUGGCACGUGGAACAUCGAAUAGGGCUGCUAUACCACAAUCAAGGAAUGAAGAAAUAGUGGCUCGUGGAGCAAUGUGUCCACCUGGCCAGAGACCAUUUCCAAUGGAGUCUACUAGUUCACAGGGUGUAUUCCUGCCCUUUGAUAGACAGUAUCUGAAUGAUAGACCAGAGGAUGAUACAUUGAUGUACCAACAAGUCAUUGGCAAUAGUUCAGCCACUGUUGACAGUAACUCAGAUUUGAGGCACAUUGUUAUUGAUGGAAGCAAUGUUGCAAUGAGUCAUGGUAACCAGCAAUACUUCUCUUGCAUGGGAAUCAAGAUCUGUGUGGACUAUUUUAAGAAAAGAGGACAUAAAGAAAUAACAGUAUUUGUGCCUCAGUGGCGGAAAGAAUAUCCAAAACCUGAUGCUCCGAUAAAAAAUCAGGAAAUCCUUACUGAACUCGAAGCUGACCGACACCUUGUGUUUACCCCAUCAAGAAGGGUUAAUGGCCGGCGGAUAGUUUGCUAUGAUGAUAGAUUCAUCUUAAAACUUGCAAAUGAUACUGAUGGUAUUGUUGUAUCAAAUGAUCACUUCAGAGACUUGUUCAAUGAAAGCCCACAAUGGCAAGAAGUCAUUGAACAGAGGAUCUUAAUGUACUCUUUUGUCAAUGACAUUUUGAUGGUACCCGAUGACCCACUGGGUAGACAUGGACCCAAGCUUGAUGACUUCUUAAGAAAAGGUACUGCAACUCACAGAAGAGUUUGUCCUUAUUUGAGAAGAUGCACUUAUGGACUACGAUGUAAAUACUAUCACCCAGAGAGGGAUCACUCUCGCAAGGGAGCAGAAGCCAGGACGUUUGCAAGACCAGAAGUCCCAAGACAAGACUAUACAACGGAACAGUAUCACCGCAGUAUGAAUGCAACUAGUAACUAUCCUGCUCUGCCAGUAGCUCAACACAGUGGGAAUAGAAGGUUCGUGGAUGGACCAAUUGACCGAGAAAGACAUGUAAAUUCAGCCAAUAUUGAAAGAAACGACUUUGAUGGUGCAAGAUCUGCUACUUUCCAACGUCUCUUGGCUGUGUUUCCAGAAGAAAGGCAGGAACUUAUCCUACAAGUAAUGAGGGACAACCCCCAUGCUGACUUGAACUAUUUAGCUGAACUCAUUGUGACAAGAAGUAAUUCUUAACUACAUUCAAUGGCCUUCAGAGCUUGAGGGUUCGAUCCUCUAGGUCUCCCAAGUCUGUUUCGACUUCUCUAAUCCGUGUAGCCUCAGCUUUGAAUACUUUUAAGAAACAGAGCACUGAUGGAGAGAGGGGGUAAAGUGCCCAUCAUCAGCUUCCAUGGAUAGCAGUUGAAUAUCAACUGAAGGAACUACUGACAUUAAAUAUAGGUAUUUUACUUUUUAAUAUAGAGUUUCCAAAUUGGAUUCCAAAUCGUAGAUUCUGUUGCUUGAAUCUCACUUCAGAAGUUAGUGAUGAGGUUUUACACAGGGCUUGUGGUGAAAGAGAAAGUCAUCCUAUAUCCUUAUUGGCCAGGUGCAAAUGCCAUUAAUUAAUCAGACGCAGGCAAGUAAUUUAAGACAAUGGUUGAUAAGUGCCUAAAGAUUUGAGCAACAGUUAUCUACAUGAGAGUUUUAUAGAGGAACUGUUAGGUUCCUUGCUUCAUAAGACUGUACAAACUUAACUGAAUCUUCCAGUUAGCUUCGUUUUCUCUUUUGAUCAACUCAAAGGUUGUUUCAGGGUUUGAUAAAAUGUGAAGAAGACUUUUAAGAUUUUGCAUUGAGAAAAUGUACUGCCAGUCCAAAUCAGUUUGAAUCAGUAUAUAUUUGAUGACUCACAAUGAUUUUCCUAAGAUGAUGGUAAACCAAUACAUUGUCAUCUACAGGAAAAUCCAUAUUUACAAAUGCCACAAAUAUAUAUGUAGAUUGUUUACAUUAUUUUGAAAAAAUCUAAUGAAAUAUGUUCCACUGUGAAAAUGACACAGGGAAAGAUGAAAAAAUAUCUGGUUAAAUACAAGACAAAUUUAAAUAGCAUUUUAUGUCAUAAUUUUAUCUUUUGCUAGGGUAAUGGUUGACAUAUGUACAUGUACUGUAUAUACCAUAAUUGAAACUGUUUAGUUAACAUUCAACUGACUCCUCUUAAAACUCCAGUGUAAGCAGAAUUAGCCUCAAAUCUAGGAGUUGCUUGUUUCAUUAUUCUAAUUCCUGAUUUUGUCUACCGACCUCAAGUGAGGCUGUACAACGUAAUCACUAGAGUUUUAAGAGUCGUUAAUCUUUUUUGAAUGUGUGGUAUUCGUUUUCUCCACACAAAACAAGUUUGUUAGAGUGGUUCUCAUGUUUCUCUUGCCCUUGGCUUCUGUAACUCAAAAAAAAUGUGAACUUGGCCGUUGUAAAUGAUGGAUGGAAGCCAAAACAAAACACAAAAAAAACUGAUGCCUUAAGUGUCAGGGCUGCUGAAACAUGAAAAGGCCAAUUCAUACUAGAUUAAGAAUUAGAGUGUGAGUUUGAUUGCACUCAAGAUGUAUACUUAUUUUAAAAGUAUUGUUACAUGACGUUUCUCUCCGUGAGAGUAAAAUUAUAUUAGACUUAUUCUGCAUUUGUAUUAGCUAUUGGGUUAAAAAUGAGAAUAAAAAUUAAAUUUUUAAGAACAA